AUGGCCAGUGCUUCAGUGUUUCAGGAUGACUUCUGCUGUUCUAUCUGUCUGGAUCUUCUGACGGAUCCGGUGACUGUUACCUGUGGACACAGUUUCUGUUUGAAGUGUAUUACAGGGUGCUGGGAUCAGGCAAGGGAUAAGGGUGUUUACAGCUGCCCCCAGUGCAGAGAGACCUUUACUCCUAGACCUGUUAUUCGCAGAAGCACAUUGCUGGCUGAUGUUGUGAAAAAGCUGAAGAAGACCGAUCUCCUAACUGAUGCUACGACUCCUUGCUACGCCGGACCAGACGAUGUGGAGUGUGAUUUCUGUACUGGGAGCAAACACAAAGCCAUUAAGUCGUGUCUAACAUGCCUGGUUUCAUAUUGUGAAGUUCACAUCCAGCCUCACUAUGAAGUGCCUCGCCUAAGCAAGCACAAGCUAGUGAAUGCCUCCUCACAGCUACAAGAGAAGAUCUGCUUACAACACGACAAGAUCAUUGAGGUGUUUUGUCGCACAGAUCAGAAGUUAAUAUGUAUGCUCUGUUCAAUGGAUGACCACAACGGACACAAAACUGUCUCCGCUAUAGCAGAACGAACUGAGAAGCAGAAAGAGUUGUUGGAGAUGAAGAGGGAUAACCAGAUGCAGAUCCAGCAGAAGGAGAAGGAGGUGGAAGAGGUGAAAGGGGCUUUGAAGUCUCUGCAGGUGAUCACUGUUAAACAUGACUGAUGUAAACUGAUGUUUGUUGUACACAAUUGUUUUUGCUCCCUAGCAACCCCAGUAUGGCUGAACCCUUUGGGUAGGAGUUGGGUUCUGUAGAAUUGGUUUAAUUAUUUUUAGGGCUGGGCAACGAUUACAAAUUUUAAUCGCGAUUAAUCGCAUGAUAUCCCUGAUUAAUCACGAUUAAUCGCAUUUGUAUACGCAAAAUCCAAUAAUUAAUUCAAAAGUAGUGUAUAGCGCACUUUUAUUUGAAAU